CACUUCAGGCCGGCAGUUACGGGGCCCUGCCCUCCCGGAAGUACCCGGGACGCCAAAAGAUGGCGACCGAGCAACCAGGUCCAGUGGGUGUGACUUCAAGCACCUGCCUUUUCUGCCGCGUUCACCCGGAUUUUCAUCACUUUUGAACUAUCUAGACUCACAGAACAUUGAAUGAUGUUCAAGACCAGUAGGAUAGACUUCAGCAGCCUGCCCGACCCCACCCCAGUAUGGGAGCUGGUGGACAACAUCGGGGUGGGCACGUAUGGGGAGGUGUACAAGGUGCAGCACAAGAAGACAGGUGAGAUUGCAGCAGCUAAGAUAAUGGAGGAGGUGACAGACAUUGAUGAGGAGAUCGAUGCAGAGUACCAGAUCCUGUGUAAGCACUCCAACCAUCCCAACAUCACCAGGUUCUACGGCAUGUACUACGCCAAAGGGGAGAGGAACAACUCUGGACAGCUGUGGUUGGUCAUGGAGGUGUGUCAGCCCAGGUGUCCCACACCAGGGAGCGGAGGAACACGUCAGUUGGCACUCCCUACUGGAUGGCUCCUGAGGUGAUAGCAUGUGAGCAGCAGUUGGAUUAUAACUACGACAUGCGCUGUGACACGUGGUCAGCUGGUAUCACCGCCAUCGAGCUGGCUGACGGAGAGCCGCCAUUGGCUGACCUGCAUCCAAUGAGAGCUCUUUUCAAGAUACCCAGAAACCCACCGUCUUCAAUGAAGCAACCAGAGAUGUGGUCAACAACUUACAGGGACUUUGUCGCAAGAUGUUUGGUGAAGGAUUUUGAGCUGCGACCGUCUGUAGCCGAGCUGCUGAAGCAUCCAUUCAUAACACAGAUUGGCGAUGACACGACCACGAUUCGCAAGCAGCUCUUAGACCAGAUGGAAAUCAACGUCCGUUUGGGGAAGGUCCAACCGCACGUACCGGUCACCACAAAACAUGGACUCUUCAAGUCUUGCCGCAGGAAGACUCGGAUGUACUUUGUGGAUGACCUGGCCACCUUGGAGGCCUUAGACGAGGACAUCAUAGUGGAACACUUGCACCAGCGCUACAAGAGAGAACAGAUCUACACGUACGUGGGAGACAUUCUCAUCGCUGUCAACCCUUUCCAGGACCUGGGCAUGUACACUGAUGAGUACUCUGAGGUUUAUCGUGGUGCAGCCAAGCAGGACAAUCCUCCUCACAUCUUUGCAAUAGCAGACGCAGCGUAUCAGGCCAUGGUACAUCACAAGCACAACCAGCUCACGGCAAAUAGCGUACAGGAGCCACCGUGGCACGGGAUGGAGCGUAGACGGGGAACGCAACCAAAUCAUCACUGUCUUGUCAUCAGUGGCGAAAGUGGUGCAGGGAAGACAGUCAGUGCCAACUUACUGGUGCAACAACUCACUCAGCUGGGAAAGGCCAGUAACAGAACCCUUGAGAGGAAGAUACUACAGGUGAACCCGCUCCUCGAGGCUUUCGGCAACGCGCAGACAGCCAUCAACGACAACUCCUCGCGUUUUGGCAAGUACCUGGAGAUGAACUUCACAGGCACAGGUGCCGUCACGGGGGCGCAACUGUCCGAGUAUCUUCUGGAGAAGUCCAGGGUCGUGAGCCAAGCGCCGGGAGAGAGCAACUUCCAUAUUUUCUACUACAUCUUUGCUGGACUGGCCAGAAAGGACGGUUACCUGUUAGAGCCAACAAAUACAUACAGGUACCUGUCCAAUGAUGUAGGCAGUAUGGCAGCCAUUGCACAGGACCCAAACAACAGGGAACGUUUUGAUGCCAUCCAUGAAUGUCUAGAAACCAUUGGAUUCAAUGGAGAGGAGAUCCACUCAGUGUACAGCAUCUUGGCAGGAAUUCUACAUGUUGGGAAUAUAGAGUUUGCUAACGCUGACUACGAGCACACAACAGCUAACAGCUACGUGGUCAACCUACAAACACUCAACAAGGCUUCCACUCUUCUCGCGGUGAACCCUGAUGAACUCUGCGAGGCGCUGACGACGCACAGCGUGGUGGCUCGCGGGGAGACCAUCGUCCGGUACAACACCGUGGAUGAGGCGAAGGACGUGAGAGACGCCAUGUCCAAGGCUCUGUACGGACGACUCUUUGACUGGAUCGUUAACAAGAUCAACACACUGUUGAAACCUAACAAGGAUAAUGGGGAGGAGACUUGCGUAAUUGGCAUUUUGGACAUCUUUGGUUUUGAGAACUUCAAAAAGAAUUCAUUUGAGCAACUGUGCAUCAACAUUGCCAACGAGCAGCUACAGUACUACUUCAACCAGCACAUUUUUGCCUGGGAGCAGGCUGAGUACAAACAGGAGGGGAUUGAGGCGAGUGCUGUGACGUACGAGGACAACCGUCCGCUCCUGAACAUGUUCCUGGGGAAGCCGCUUGGCAUGCUCGCGCUAUUGGACGAGGAGUCACGCUUUCCACAAGCAUCCGACCAAUCACUGGUUGAAAAGUUCAACAAGCACAUCAGUAGCCAGUACCACUGGACACCUAAAGGGUCUGGGCUGGUGUUUGGGGUGCAGCACUAUGCAGGGAAGGUUGUGUACGAUGCGAAGGACUUCCUAGAGAAGAAUCGUGACUACCUGGCGCCCGAUGUCGUCCUUCUGCUCCGACAGUCGGAGAGGAAACUCAUCCGCUCGCUCUUCCUCAACCCACUCACUAAGACAGGUAACCUGGCUAACACUAGGGGGAGCAAUGGUACCACCAGUCAGCCCCGAGUCAGUCAUGUCAGGAUCAGGCCUAUCAACUCUUCUGGUAGCAAGAACAACACCACAGAACUGUUGAGCCCAGAGGACAGUGUAGGACGGACACAGCAGACUGUAGCUCUCUACUUCAGGUACUCCCUGAUGGACUUGCUACAGAAGAUGGAGACAGGAAUGCCCAUGUUUGUCAGGUGUAUCAAGCCCAACAAUGACAAGAUUCCGGGACAGUUUGAUAUUGAGAAGGUCUUGAUACAGCUGAGGUACACGGGAGUACUGGAGACCACACGGAUACGCAGGGAGGGGUACUCACAUCGGAUCGCCUUCCAGGACUUUGUCAGAAGGUAUGCAAUGGUGGCAUACAGCCCUGGGAAGGAGGUUCCCCCCAGCAAGCAGACCUGUCAACAGAUCCUACAGAACUGUAGAAUGGAGAAUUGGAGACUUGGCAAGACUAAGGUGUUUCUGAAGUACUACCAUGUGGAACAGCUGACCCGACAGGUGGAGCAGGUGCACCACCGCAUCGUGCUGGUGCAGGCGCAGGUGCGCAGGUGGCUCCACAUGCGCAGGUACAGGAGGUUCCGCCAACAGAGACACAGCAGUGUGCUUCUGUUACAGAGAGUUGUCCGUGGUUGGCUGGUGAGAAAGAAAUAUCAGACUGCAGUGAGACGGAGGCAGACAGCAGCAGUCACUAUACAGAAAGCGUACAGAGGCUACACAGCCAGGAGAAGGUACAAGUCAGAAGUAACCCAGAGGAAAAGCUCGGCCGUGGUCCUGCAGUCUAACAUACGGGGAUUCCUGGCCAGGAAACAGCUACAGAGGCAGAGGGCUGAGUCAGUGUGGAAGAAGAUUAUGGUCAGGAGAGAGAGCGCUGUACUGAUAAUGCAGAAGACUGUGCGCAUGUGGCUGUCCAAACGACAGUACCAACAACUCUUACAGCAGAACGGCCGCAAGGACAUACAGAGGAUCUACUUCAUGCAACAGGUUGAAGAGUACGGACAGCAAGUCAUGGCUCACCAGCAGCGGUUAAACUUCUCAGUGUUCCAGGACGACAUCACGGAGCAACGACUCAGGACAGAGUCUGAUCUUUCUGAACGUCUUCCCUCGGAGCGUAGCCGACAUGUAAAGCGCGGCGGGGCGGCGGUGAAGUCUCCCUGGUCGCUGCAGGACGUGGCGUACUACGAAAACGUCACCUCCGAGAAGGAUGGACACAACUACAGGAGGAAGAUGUCCAAAACAGGACAAAUGAAACAAGUGGUGAGCCCAGCGGAUGACGAGUACUAUCACAACCUGAAGAACAACGUCUGCUCGGAGGAGCGCAAACCUAUCGUGGUGAAACAGCUCAUCAUCAUGAAACAACCCGACCAACCGCUACCCAUCCCCAACCACCAGCAGAAGACCAGUAUCACAAACAGAUCUCCCCCCAACACACUCCCACCCUCAUCACCUCCCUCAGCACCUGUACCUGUACCUGUACCUGUACCCAACCCCUUGCAGCAGCAGAUUGCACAGGCAGCAGCGAAUAAGCCAGUUCUGAGAAAAGUACAGCAAGCAGUGGCCAAACAGAACGGGACUUCCGAGCCAGUCAUCUUCGACUUUCGCGGGAAGCUACGGAAAACCGGCAUCCCGCUCACACCGCACCCGGCGGAGGAGAGCAACGCUGUGGUACAGCACGAUUUCCGCGGGAACCUACGCAAGACGGGCAGUCCUGACGAAAACAUGCGGCCAAUGCAGGAAGUCGCUUAAUGAAACAACAGACAUUAAAACCUAGUGCUCUUAUAAUUAGUUAGGGACCAAUUAAUUGUGUCACAUUGGGGUUGCAAAUCUCAUGACUUUUUAGUGUUUUUUAAUCUUCCAAUGAUCUUCAAAAGGUACAAAUGUAGUCUGAAAAUUUAGUCAUAGAAGACGGAAAGUACCAUUUGGUUUCUUAGAAUUUUCUAACCCCAUAAUUGAGCUAGUCUUCCAACAAUUCAUUAGUAUCAGAAACACAGAGAUACAAACAACCUUGGGAAAAUAUACAUUUUUGUUUGUAUAUUUUCAAAAUUGCCCAAGAAGACCACCAUUCGGGACCAACAGAAUCUGGUCUAUGUAGACAGGUGAUUACUAAAGACAGGCUGAGUGUGUCAUUGGGGCCACAGUUAUCUAACGGACAACCAAAAAUGUGGUCACAUUGGCCAGGUGGUCUUUAUGUAGAGGUGGUCACUUGUACAGAUUUCACUGUACUUAGUUGGGAACGGCAAAUGUAUUAUCAUGGUCAUUAUUCCAAUAUUGAUGAGUCACAGGAGAGAAGCCACACCCAAAGUAAUUUUGAAGUUUGUACACCUUGAUAACAAGUACACUUUUCAGAUCUUCCCCCAUAACUGAAUUAUAGGACUAUACAGGUAUACACAACACACACAUUGCUCUUAUUCGUCACCCUUUGCUGUGAAUAGUUUACAUGUCCGUGCCUUUCACAGUCUGUAUGACAGGUUUAGAGCGACUUUUGUACCAGGCAAAUCUUUCGGAUACACCAGAUUUCCUGACGCAUAUCCCUCUCUUUUGAUCAGGUGGUCUGCUUAAGCCCAUCUUUUAUUCUGCUGUAGCAAACGUCUGUAAGUAUAGCAGAAUCAAAGGACUAGGUUUUGUACAGUUGUUAGUGUGUCUUGACUGGCGGUGUGGAGUCGGUGCAUUAAAGGGUUGGAGAAUAGGCCUUUAAUUUGCUGCAGAAAAAGAACAGUCAUUCUCACACAUCUAUUGUUCAUAUUCCUCCAAGAAAAGACUAGCGAGUAUAAAAACUGUCUAAACAUUAACUGAAAGUUAAUAUUGUAGUUAAAAACAAAGGCAAAUUUUAAUGGUGUUGUGAAGGAAGUAUAGUUCUACUUACAUAUUGAGACCAAAAUCAUUAUUGUAAUUGAGAGUUUCUUUGCUGUAUGCUGUUGUCUAUUGACAUAUUCAGAGUAGAUCAAGUCUACCAUAUUCAAAUCCUUCUGAGAGGGAAUCAUUUGAAUUCUCUUUAUGUAUAUGUAAGAGUUGAAUGUCAAAAUAAUGAAUAAUGUACACAAAUAGAUAUUAUUUUAGUCUAACUUUUGUUUAAGAUUUGUACAGAAUGUUUUUGUAUUUCAUUUUGCCAAAAAAUUUGAGGACUAUCUCAUUAUAUGUUUAACAUUUGAUAAAAUUGACUAAGUAUGUUUUAUUCUUUUGAUGAAAAUAUUUGUUACAGUUUGACACAGGGAUAUUGAUGCCAUAUAAUGAGCUGUAUAAAGUUUUUUCCGUCCUUUGAAUUUGAUACCGUAUGGCAAGUGUCAAUUGAUACUAGUAGUUAUGUAUUUUGUGUGUGGAAAUUUGGCUUCCUAUUUUGUCAGAAGUUUUAAGUGUAUCCUAUGGGAUCAAGCUAUGCAAAUUGUUAUAUUGACUACUAUAGUUACUGUAACGCUGUACCAAACUGACCUCUGUAUUAAAUGCAUUUGGUAAAUUGUAUUUGGCUGUACUACCAAAACCAGAGGCUAUAGUGUAGAAGAGACGUAUUUGAAUCGUUUUUAACAGAAAAAUUUGAAUGUACAUUGUAUUGAAAUUUUCAAUAGAAUUCUGUUACCGGUAUCCCAGUUAAAAAAAGUAACAGCUUAAUAAUAUUGUUUGAUAAUAGUAACUUCUUGGGGGAAAUACCAUAAAUUCAUUUAGCUAUAAAAAUCUGUGUAUGUUUUCGUAUAAAACUUUGGAAUUUUGGAUUGUAGAGUUAGCUAUGACAACUUUGAUAUCAUUGGGUGAAGUAAUUCUUUGCACCAAUUUGUGUACAUACUACUAGUAGUAGUACAGCCAAUCGUAUCCACUGUAAUAAAGUUGCUUUAAUUUUUGAAUAAACACUGUCAACCUGAAAAAUAA